AUGGCAUAUCGGUUCCGUGGAAGUGAGGCCUCCUCACUUCUCCUCACCUCCACCUCGCUGCGCAGAAGCUCAGGCUUCUUUACCUUCAUAUCGGCUUUGGAAACAUGCGCCAUAUUCAUGCCUAUGCGCGUAGUCGAGCCUCUAUCUCAACUCUUCGCUUUCAUCGUCCUCAGUCUCUGCGUCAAUCGCGACCGCGAGAAGCUCACGUUUACGCGUCGACCUGGCGGAGACGAGUCAAUGGUCUACGAACAUACCAGAGAGGGGAGGACGAUCUCUGUGUCUACUUCUUCAGUCAAUAGAGGGAUGGUUUCGGCGAUGGGGGCGGGGAAUGGGAGUCAGGAUGCUAGGGAGAGGCAGAGGCGGUAUAUUGAGGACCAUAGGAUGUAUGAGUUGGAGGAUGCGACGAGUGGGAGGAGGAAGGGGAGGAGGUCGACGACGGUGGGUUGA